CUGACACACCAACUCCAUGUCAUCCGUGCACAUCUUUUGCAUUAUGAAAGUCUCCUCGACGACUUUCGCAAAACCGUUGAAUUUUUCCUUAAAACUGUCAAUCCAGGCCUAGUCCAACCUACUAGUCCUUUCUCAUCCCCAAGCCAUAGGUUGUUGAAAAAGGAGUGCACGAACCUUCUCAACGAGAUCGAUCGGUUGGAAAUGACCCGCGCAAUGUUGAAUAAUCGACUGGGCAAUGUUAUGGAAUUGGCCUUUAGUAGUGUGAAUAUUGAGGACAGUCGCCGCAUGAAGAAUUUGGCAGAGGUUUCUGCAAUCUUCGGUAUGAAUGUCAUCGAGAUAAACCCUGAUUCAUAUGGAACAGUUCCACAUUAUCUCGCUGCUGCGAUUCCUCUGACUUUUCUAACGGUUUGGGUAAUGAUG